GAGAGGAAUCACGAACACACAAGUUACUUCCCCAUCUUAAAUUAAGUUAAAGUUUACAAAGGAAUAUACAGGCAACGAAAUUGAAAAAUUUCGUGACCCGAACGCGAAACCACUCAGAGCGUAGAAGUGACAUAGGAGGUGAUUGAAGUCUUGCCCUCUUCGAAUAUAUAUAUAUCUUUUCAUAUCCGACACUCUCCUCAUUCUAUAUCUGAUUUAGAUUUCACUUCAUUUGUUUUCAAAUUUCAUUCACAAUCAUAAACAAUAGAUACACUUCAAAAUUCGCGACAUUCGCUCUCAAGUCAACUCGUUUUACUUUGAAGAAGUAUUAAGCAUCGUCGCUUCACUGAGCCUUUAUCCAACGCCAAUCAAACUUUGAACGAAAAACCCCACAACUUUACUCCUCGAAUUCUCAGUCAAGAACGCUUACCAUUUGCAUAGUCAAAAUGAGUCAGAUAAUUAAUGUCGAUUACCUUGUCGUUGGUGCGGGUGCCAUGGGAAUGGCUUUCGUCGACGCCCUGUUCACCGACAACAAAGACGUCACGCUCGCUAUUGUCGACCGCUACAACCGCCCAGGUGGUCACUGGACUAAGGCCUAUCCUUUUGUUCGCCUCCACCAGCCAUCUAACUGCUACGGCGUCAAUUCCAGGAAACUGGGUGAGGAUAAGAUUGACACGGUUGGCUGGAACAGCGGCUUGGGAGAGCUCGCGACCAGAGACGAGAUCCUGGGAUAUUACACCAGGGUUUUGACGCAGCAAUUCCUACCAUCUAAUAGGGUCACCUACUAUCCUUUGUGUGAAUAUACUAGUGGCGGCGAAUUUCACUCGACUGUCACCGGGCAGAAGUAUUCUGUCGGAAACGAAACUCGGAUUGUUGAUGCCACCUUCAUGCGCGUGAAGGUCCCCUCUAUGAGCCCACCUGUCUAUAGUGUCGCGGACGAUGUGAAACUUAUUACACCAAAUGGUUUAGCUCAAAUUUCUCGACCUUAUGCCAACUAUACCGUUGUUGGUGCUGGCAAGACUGGUAUUGAUGCCUGCCUAUGGAUGCUAAGCAUGGGCAUUGAGCCGUCAAAAAUUACGUGGAUUAUGCCACGCGACUCGUGGUUGUGGGAUCGGGGUUUCUUCCAAACCGAAAAAUCAUUUAUCGAGAAGUCAAAAAAGGCCCUUGAAGUAGAGGCCGAAGGAGUGAUGAGCGCCACAUCGGUGGAUGACUUGUUCAAACGGCUAAAUGCAUCCGGGUCCUUGCUGCGCGUAUCUAAGGACCACUGGCCCACUAUGUUCCGCUGCGCUACUGUGUCCUUGCAAGAAUUUGAGCAGAUUAAGGAAAUCGAGCAUAUCGUUCGCCUGGGCCGGGUGAAACAGAUCACUGCGAGUGAGGUGACUCUGGAAGAUGGAAAGUUCAGUUCUGUGCCCGACACGCUUUAUAUCGAUUGUUCGGCAGAUGGGCUCAAGGGAUUGGAACCGGUUCCCGUGUUCAACGGCAAACAUAUCACUCUUCAGGCUGUCCGUUACUGUCAGCAAGUAUUUAGUGCCGCUCUUAUUGCCCAUGUCGAGGCUGUGUACGAUAAUGACGAAAAGAAAAAUUCUCUCUGUAACCCGAUACCACACCCUAGCAAAUCUAUUGACUGGCUUGGCACCAAACUCCGGGAUUAUGAGAAUACGUUAUUAUGGAACGCAGAGCCGAAGAUGACGACCUGGCUGAGCCAAUCUCGCCUUAAUCUCUAUAGAUACUUGCAACCAUCGCUGCCAGAGGAUAGCGGGGAGCGGCGGCUCGUGUUGCAAGCAUUUGAGGAAAAGCGAGGACUGUACUAUAACAAGCUCCGAAAGCUUUUUGAUGAUUAUAAUGCGGGAGACGUGAAGGCAUAACAGCAUAUCGCUAUUAAGGGCAUGCUUGCUUCAAAGGGGUAGUAUUUGAGUGACGCGUUCAAUUUAUAGUUCCUUGUGAGUAUUACAAUUUACUCUAGUGUCAAAACAAGCGAAUUCUUCUAUAUCUAUUGGCCCCAUAGGUGUUCUAAAUCGAGAAUAUGUCUCUUAGUUUUCCAUCCAGUAUCAUCCUCGAUCUUUCUAAGAUGAGUUAAUACAGCUAUCUUCUCAAUAAAAGUUGGUAUCUGUUGUGCAGCAAUACAGAUUAGAUGAAUACUAUUGACUAAAGUUGCUCUUGA